UCGUCGGUUUUUUUUUGACAGCCACAUGAACCGAUGAAUCUGGUCCGUCUGUCGGGAUCCCUCACAAGCAGUCACCCUUGGGAUUAGUCGGGUUCCUCAUUGGAUUCUCCGCUGCCGGAACAGAUCGGAGUAGAAUGACUGAGAGUCACUCACGCCUUGGAUUUCACCCCGCCAGGCUGGAUUCCUUGCCAGCUAAGCCUACUGAAGCCCAACCAGCCAAUCAUGGCGAAGACAAAUGUGCGAAGUCGCGAUGUAAAUGUCACGUCUGACGCCGCUCUUCGUAAAUCCCGUCAGGCAACGUGGCCAUGCGACGUGUCAGGCCUACUGGACGAAAGUGCGCCGUCGCUGUGCGAUCCAUGCGACUCACGCGAGCUCGAACUGGAGUUGCAGUUUCCAGACCACCGUCCCCAGGACUGGAAGGAUCAGCCGUUGCCUCAACAGACAACGGCGGCGUGUCCUCCUGAGCCGUUACCAGCCGUGCAAGAUCGCUGAAUGCUUCAAAGAGAAAAUACGGAAGCACCAGGCAUUGAUCGCCUUCAUAUUACCGCUACACUUGUUACUUGCCACACCCAUCAGCGUGACUCAAAUGCUUUACCUCCCCACUGAGCCACACUGUACUAAGGACGGACGAGCACGAUGACGCCACCCGGACUUCAUCUGCCUCUCUUAGCGUGCUGCGUGCUAGGAACUCUCGCCGCUCUAGUCUCCUCCCAAAGCUCGACCCCCUUAAUCUCCCGUGCCCCCCUCUGCCAUUCCCGCUCCCUGCUUCGGCUGUCUCUCUCAGCAUGUUACGUGUUAGGAACUCUCUUCUCUCUGGUCUCCUCCCAAACCCCCCUCCCAAUUCCCGCUCGCUGCUUCAGCUGCGCCACUGUGCCGCCCAGGCCUGCCCGCCCUACCUCUGCUGCUCCUCCUUCUACGGCUGUGGCCUGGGCUCUGCUUGCCUUACUGACUGCCUCUCCGGCCCCUGCCAGACCGCUGGUAACACCGCUGAUAGUGGUAACAGUGCUGCUGGUAACACCGCUGCUAGUGGUAACAGUGCUGAUGGUAACAGUGCUGCUGGUAACCCUGUUGAUGGUAACACGAGUGGCCCUCGGUUCCAGCCCCCUGUGUGCUGCACUGCUGCUGCAUGUGAUAUAGCUCCAAUGAUGUGUGGCCAGGGGUGUAUCUCAGGCCCUUGUUUCCCACGAGACUAUGUGAGGAGUAGGUUGGGGGCCUUACGCAACAGCAGCAGUAGCAGUGGGAGUAGCAACCGCACUGGUACUAGUGAUACCAGCAGUACCAACAGCAACAGUAGCAGCAACAGCAGUGGUAGCAGUAACAGCAACGGUAGCAGCAACAGCAACAGUAGCAGCAACAGCAAUAGCAAUAGCGGCAGCCAUGCGACAGGGAGCAACAGCAGCAGCAGCAGCAAUCUCAGACCUGGCAGCAAUGUUACAGAUGCUAAAGAUGGUACGGGCAGCAAUAAUGUUACAGGUGGCGACAACAUAACAGAUGGCAGCAAUCCUAUCCCUCGCAACAGGAACAGCAACAGCAAUAGCAGCAGGAGUGAAGCCGGCAGCACCAGUGACAAGGGCAGCAGCAGCAGCAGCAGCAGUGUCAGUAGUGGUGGUGCUGCAGUGUCAGUGGGUGUGUUAGCCGUCGUGGUCGUUGCCAGCAUCGUCUCGGCUCUCCUCUUACUCCUCGCCCUCUUCCUAUGCCUGCGCCAUCACCAGAGGCAGAAGAGCCACAGGAGAAAGCAGGAGGAGGACAGGCAGGGAGGCUCUAACGCAAGAGGGCAUGUACCGCUAGACUCUGGAUCCAACGGUCAGGAUGAAGUGAGAUGGGCGAAGCCGAUCUAUCUGCGGAAUAAGCACAGUCAGCCCUGGUGGCGAUGGGACAGAGCGAGGGCUGCGCCUGCUGACUCUGAGUCUGCUUUCCAGCAGCAUGCCACCCCCUCGCCUUCUGAUGCUCCUCGCCGCUUCUCCUUUGCGCAGCUAAGCCGGGCGACUGACGGAUUCUCCCCAGCAAAUAAGAUAGGAGAGGGGGCCUUUGGUACAGUGUACCAGGCGUUACCUGUCCCUGUUGCUGAGUCAUCAGGUGUCACGUCAGCAAGCAGGAGGGAAAGAAGAGAUGCGGGAGCUGUUUCUGCGAAGAGGGUGGAAGGGGGAGGACAGAGGCAUGGUGAGGAGUUUUGGGCGGUGAAGAGGGCCAAGAGAGGAAGCAUGGGACCUGGAGGGGCAUUUGAACAGGAGGUGCGCAUCAUCUGGCGUUUGAACCACCGGAACCUGGUGUCCCUCAUAGGGUGGUGCGCCGAGCGUGGGGAGCAGCUGCUGGUGUAUGAGUUCGUCUCCAACGGCAACCUCUGCGAGGCUCUGCAUGACCUGUCCCGCCCUCCGCUCUCCUUCCCCAGCGCCUCUGCAUCGCCCUUGGCGUUGCCCGCUCCCUGCACUACAUUCACGAACAGGCACGGGACCGCAUGUUGCACCGAGACAUCAAGUCACUUAACAUCCUUCUCACAGCAGCGCUCCAGCCCAAGCUGUCAGACUUCGGCCUCUCUCGCCUGCUGGAAGGCGGGGAGGCCAGCUUCUUCACUCACGGUCUCUCAGGCACACGGGGAUACCUGGAUCCAGAGUUCGUCCUCACGCACCGCGCAUCCACCAAGUCCGAUGUCUACAGCUUCGGCGUCGUUCUCCUGGAGCUGCUCACCGGCCAACGCCCCUUGGUGUACCUCUCACCGCCUGCCCUUGCCACUGGUCACAGGCCGCAGAUUUACGCCCCCCCUGCUGCAGCUUUUGAGUCGACACAAAAGUCGCCUGCCAAUGUCAGGGGUCACAGGCUGCAGAUCCACGGUUGCCCUGCUGCCCUUGUUGGUGUGGUGCAACCACCUUAUACACGUGUAGAGCUGUCAGCAGCAGCCGGACAAGCAGGGCCAGCAGCAGCAGCAAUAGCUUCAGCAGCAGUAGAGGGUGCAGCAACCGAAGCAGCAGCAGCGGGCCAAGAAGAAGCAACUCAUUAUGCUUCAGGGCCUGGCAACUUGGAGUGCAAUACCCGGAGUCCUGCGAACCCGUGCCUUGACUCAGACCCACCCAGGUUGCCUCCAAGAGAAGACCAGUUACCAUCUAUUACCUCAUUUCCCCACAAUCCAAGCUCCGCAGCAUCAGAUAUCGCAUGGCCUCAAGAUACAGACGCAUCAUCAGAGCUAAUUCUAUUGCCUCAGGAUGAAAUCUCUCAAAUCUCUAGAAUCCCAGAAGAAGCACUUGCAGGGGCAGAGGCAGCUCCAGGCAAUCUGCUGCUAGGAUAUGCUUCUCUGGGUGCCUCCAGUAACCAUUCCUUCGGUGUUACCACUCUCGCUGACUGGGCCCGUCGCAUGAUCGCGCACGGCCACCUGGCAGAGAUUCUCGAUCCCCGCAUGCCACAUCCGCCACCUGCUUUGCCUCCUCAGCUGGCUGAGUUUGCUAACGUGGCAGUUGCUUGCACGGACCCGAUUGGCUACCGCCGGCCAGGUAUGGGGUCGGUGUGCUCUCGUCUAGAGGCCAUUCUCCGCUCCCUCACCCCCAUGCCCACCGAGCCUCGCCAUCUCCCUUAUAAGCUGUCUGCCUUCCUAGUCACUGGUCAAUCUGACAGUGCUACAUGUACUGUAGCAGCUGCUGCUGUGCGGGAAUACCCAAGCUCUGGGGCCUACAGCAGUGUUACUCGGACUGGCCAGGGCAGCAGCAGCAACGGCAGUUGUAGUGAUGGAGCUUUUGUGAAUCUAAGUGUGCAGGCCAAACCACAAGGACUUGCCAUGCAUCAUGGGAUGGGGGGCACGAGCAGCAGCUCUACACACAGCAGCAGCCAGAGUAACAGCAGCUCUGGGAGCAGUAUCGGGAGCACAGCCCCAUUGAACCCUGAGAAGAGUGUUGUCCAGGAAUCCGAGUUUGGAAAUGUAGUGAGAUGCAUUAGGUAGGAAGUCCAGCUUGUUUUCAUCGUUGCCUCACUCACCUGAUAGAUUACCGUUUCGGUUGCUGCUUUUGUUUUCCAAAUUUCCAGACACAGAGCUUCAUCCU